GUCUCUGAGGGCCUGGUGUGAGCUUUUCUCUUGGGCCGGAGUGUCCUCAUCUACUGCGAGGCCCACUCAAAUGUGUUCCUGCUCCCACCGUACGUGGAAACGUAAGCCUUUGCGUUAUCCUUUCUUUUAAUCCCGGUUUGUCUUCCUUCCCUAGCCUUUGUUACUUGGUUCUCUGCCGCACAGACAGCAUUACGGUUUUGACCAGGGGCCAUCAUAAUCAAGCAGCAGGUAACGGGGGACCAAGACAAGGUAACGUCAUGGCAUCCGCGGGUCUCCAGCUCCUGGCUUUCGUCCUGGCUCUAUCUGGGGUGUCUGGAGUGCUCACGGCCACUCUGCUGCCCAACUGGAAGGUGAACGUGGAUUCGGGCUCCAACAUCAUCACGGCUGUCGUGCAGCUGCAGGGGCUGUGGAUGGACUGCACGUGGUACAGCACCGGGAUGUUCAGCUGCACCCUUAAGUACUCCAUUCUGUCCCUCCCCAUCCACGUGCAGGCCGCACGGGCCACCAUGGUCCUGGCCUGUGUCCUGUCCGCGUUGGGGAUCUGCACUUCCACAGUGGGGAUGAAAUGCACUCGCUUAGGAGGGGAUGGAGACACAAAGAGCCACGCUUCUUUUGCCGGAGGAGUCUGCUUCAUGGCUGCAGGGGUCUCUGGUUUAAUCCCAACCGUGUGGUACACAAAGGAGAUCAUAGCAAACUUCCUGGACCUGACGGUUCCAGAAAGCAACAAACAUGAGCCCGGAGGCGCCGUCUACCUCGGAUUCAUUUCGGCCGCGCUGUUGUUCGUCUCCGGCAUGAUUUUCUGCACUUCCUGUAUGAAAAAGGCUCCGGAAGCUUGGCUCUUUGCAGCCAAGCAGCGGCAUACCUCCGCCACGCAGCCAGAGGGCAGCUCCGCGUACAACCUCAAAGAUUACGUGUAAAUGACCGUGUCACGCGUAUGGAAUGUUUAGGUGCCUGCUGUGGCUUUCGUCUUUUCGUUUUAGAGGAAAACUAUAAAUGAGGUCAUUUAAAAUGCCAACAAACUAUUGUGUGCAAUUAGAUCCGUUUUAAGAUUCUUCUUCCAUUCCUUUUUUCGUGUUUUAUCCAGUGGUUUAUAACUGAAAGAGGUUCUGUUUUAUAAGACAAUUGAUGGGGUUUUUUUCCUUUUAAGAUAAACUGUUGACACAUCUUCUGAAUUGUUAUUUAGUUGGAUUUUAUAGAAGAACUAAAUUGCCAAGUAUAAAAAAGCGCCUUUCUCUGUGUUAAUCCAGGGUAUCAUCUGGUUUUGCUGGCUGUUGGUAACCACAGGGACUUGCUUCUGUUUUCAAGCCUGCUCUCUGACCAUGAGGGAAAGAAGAGAUGUCCAUCUCUCUUAAGUGUUGCCCAAACCAGCCUCCCCAGCUUCCCUGCCUACCUACCGUGACCUCCCUGCUUCCUUUUUCAUUUUAGAAAAUAUCUACGUACAUGUCCAAGAGCCAACGAUAGGCCAUUCAAAGAUUAGGCAGGCAGAACUAAGGAAAAGAAGCUGGUAAAUGCUACCACAGCAAAGCAAAACCAAAUCAAGCGCGAACUGAAAUCUCCAGGAUUGGAAGGCAUUAAGUACAAAGCACAGGGAUGUUCUGAACUCCAGAAAAGCAGCCAUUUCCUACAAAUAAUGGCCGAAUUCUAUCCAGACUGGACACAGCAAUGAUGAAAUGGCUCGGAGUCCCUCCGUCCCUCCAGGCCGCAUCCCUGCUGCAUUCCUCCACCCGGAAUCCUCCCACACUCACCCCUUCCUUGCCCGCCCACGCUCCAACUCCUCCUUCGGGGUUCACGCGGGACCUCCUUUGUGACCCCACUCCUGACUCCCCGAGGGUCGCUGCUUCCAGCCCUGUACUCUCUGGGAAUACGGUCUAUUCAAACAAGUUAUUGCAUCUCCGACUAGACUCUGAGACAAGGUACCGUUUUUACCUUUGUAGCCUCCUAACUUGCCGACAGCGCUUACGAGGACGUGCCAGUCCUUCCGGAACGUACACGGACUGGUUUAAACCUCAGGAGGACUCUAGGAGGCAGGCACUAUUCCUAGCACAGAGGGGAACUGAACCAGGGGAAAAUACGGUACCUCACCUGCCCAACGGCAGGCAGCUGGUAAGCGGAGAGAUGGGAUUCAACCGGAGGGAACUGGCCCUGGAGUCAGACCAGGUGCCUGCCGGCUUACGCAGGGCACAAGGCUGCGCGGCGCGCGUUACUGAAUCUAGGUCUCGGUCCCCUCCUGUGAAAAUGAGGAUAGAACGGCACCUACGCACACAGGGGCUGUAAGGAUUCAAUGACAGGAUGUGCACACAGCAUUUGAAGGGGCGGGAGCGGUAAGCACGCUCGGGACUUUCUUGGUCUACACCAGCAUUUUCCAAAGGGGGGUGGGUGGAGCCUGCAGAGGACACAGGGCAGCGCCGGGGGCCGGCUUUGGUCAUCACAGCUGGGGUAGCGGUACUGGGACCCAGUGGGCGGAGGCCAGAAAUGCUAUGAAAUACCCUACAAUUCCUGGGCAACAAAGAAUUUUCUAGCCAAAAAUGUCAAUUGUGAGGAGGCUGAAAAACCCUGAUCUAAUGUAUCUGAAUUCUAUUUAAACAUUCAUUUUAAAGAAAAUAAUAAAGUUACCAAACCA